AAAUUAUAAUUCAAAAACGAGCUCACUGUAAAUAAAUAUACAUAUCGCAAUAAAAGUAUUUAAUUUCUCAGUGUAGUUUUCCGUUUCUCUAAUGUUCGUAACUUGUUGCGCGCAUGCGAUUUAGUCGAACAACCGCCUAACGUCUAGACCUCUUCAGUAUUAAUCCGUUGCUACGCCAGAGGUAGACACCGGCGUCGGUUUCCAAUUAAACGAAAACAACCCAUUUGCAAUUAGAGUUCAAGAGAUCCCGAGUUAGACGAAUCUAAUACAGGGAUAUGAAAUCUAUUUUGUAUUGAUCACCACUGCCGGUUGUGUGUUUAACAGGCAACUGCGGGUAUGGUUUUACUCAACAUAACCGACGUUUCGGAAUCAGUAUCUCCGGUAACACUAAACGAUCAUUGGUCGCGAUUGGCAAGACUGAUUCUUCUCGCGUCGUUGGCCGCACUGGGCAGUGUCGGAAACGUCUUCAUGAUCAGCGCUGUCAUGAUCGAAGACUACCUCAGAAAAAGAGGUGAGUACAAUAUACGGGGGUCGAGUGAAAAGUCAAACAAAAAUCUAGCGAAUUACGUUUCAGGUAACACCUUUAUCGUUAACGUGGCCUUAGCGGAUCUGCUCGUAUCCGGUUUGGUGGUGCCGGCUUCGGCGAUCGUCAUUUUGGCGGGACUCCGAGACAAUUUGGCGGUGUGCCGCUUCCAAUGGUUCUUGGCGACACUGUGUUUCCUCGUGACCGUUCUGUCGCUAGCCGCGGUCGCCACGGAAAAUUACUACCGCCUGUGUUUCUCCUCGGGGGCGUACGAAAAACUCACCCGAGGGAAAAUCACGGCGAUUUUACUGGUUUUUUGGAUAGUGUGCGCUUGCAUUUCCGGCGUGCAGUUCGUCGGCGACGUGUCCUUCGACUACUGCAGACGGAAAUAUUUGGGUUUGUUACCUUAUCAGGCGACGGUCAGCGUCGUUAUGGUCCUGGUGCCGGUGCUGGUCACGUUAUUUUCUUAUAUCAGAGCCGGAUAUCAAGUUAGAAGAUUCAAGUCCCGGCCGAGUUUCAAAGCUCCGAAUACGUUUACUUGGGACAACAUGUUGAUGCAUUCGAACGUGUACAGUUUCGUGGUGUUCGUAAUAUUCUGGCUUCCGUUCGGGGUGGUACUGGCCGUCGGUACCAAGCGAAAAAUACCGGACAGUAUUUUCUACAACUUGGCUUGGUUGGCUAUAAGCAAAUCGUGCGUCAACAGCAUCCUGUACGGUAUAUCCAACCAGCAUUUCCGCGGCGCCUACGUGAAUUUGUUUCAAUAUUGUUGUUGCAAGACUACGGUGACGUUUUCCAGACGGCAACGACCGGAAGGCGUUAGACCGUCGGGGGACGUGAGGGUCCACAUCAUACCGGGGUACAAUAUGUAUUGCAGUCCUCAGAGGAGCAGGGACAAUCAGAACAAGAGGAUUUCGUCGAGGACUAACGGUAGGGAGGUGUAUGAAUUAUGAUGAGAGGAUAGGGGCGUUUGGAUUUGAAUUUUUUUUUAUCUAAAAAGUCUGACGCGAUUAUAUCGGUAGCUCGAUUUAUUUCGAUGAUUGGAAAUGUCUCGAAAUGUUGGGUGUUUCGUGGUUAUUUUGAAUUUUCGAUAAUCGACUAGUAUGUCCGUUUUUACGGGAAGGAAUUUUGGUUUUAAUAGUGAUUGAGCAAAGGGAUGUAUAGUCCUGAUAUUCUCACACGGAAAAUAAUGUACUAAAAGGGUGAAUUACGGCAAAAAUGCUAGAAAAUAUGGUAUCUAUGAGUUGUAGUUUUGAAAAAUCUACAAUAAACGUUAGUUUUUUCACUUAAACUUUGGUUUUGUCGUCUAACCAUCACCUAACCUCAAAGUUCCUUAG